AUGGCUUCUUUGAAUUCAGUUUCUUUAGUUUUAGUUAUAAGUAGCUGUUUUGUAAUGGCACUUGGAGGUAAUUUCCAUCAAGAUUUUGAUAUCACAUGGGGAGAUGGAAGAACUAAGAUACUCGACAAUGGAGAACAACUUACUCCCUCACUCGAUAAAACUUCUGGCUCUGGAUUUCAAUCCAAGAAUGACUAUCUAUUUGGCAAGAUUGAUAUGCAACUCAAACUCGUCCCUGGAAAUUCUGCUGGCAUUGUCGCUGCCUAUUAUUUGUCAUCUCAAGGAUCAACCCAUGACGAGAUAGACUGA